CCUUGGAACCCCCCAUGCCAUCCAGCCCCUCUCCCACUGGGGCUCUGUGCAGCAGGGGAUUAUGCUUUAAUCAGAGCCUGUAUGGGAAUUGCUUUCAUAUAGAUUACGGGCACGGGGCGCAUCCAGGCUGGGGAGCCCCGGCCCCGCAGGCUGCCCAGCAAUCUCAGAAUCGUGGAGCGGGGAUUAGCGGGGGCGCGGGGCUGCCGCGGGUGGGUGUGCACCGCCACCGCCUCAUCUGCUGCCAGUCCUUUGACCCUCGACUGGGUUUUUCGGCUAAUCCUCUUGUGUCUCCUCUGUGCUGACUUCCUGCACCCCCAAUCUCCCUGAGUGCAAGGUUCUGGGUGCCCACGGCAUGGUUUUCUCCCCAGGGCUUGCCCCAGCCCCAUGGGUGCUGACCCAAUUUUGGACCCAUGUAAUGGAGGGUGUGCAGCCUGACCCAGUGUGUGCUGCAGUUUGAUGACUCCUUCCACCUCCCUGUCACUGUGAUGAGCAGCACCUGCUGUCCCCCCGCACUGCCACUGUCCCCUGCAAGCACCCUUGGGUGCAGCGAAGGGAAGGUCCUUCCACCCUGGCUGUGCCCUCCCCUCCUAAUGCCUUAAUCCGCCCCUGAUCCGCGGUGCCCCUGGGGCUGGGCCCACUGACCUUGCAGGCUCUGGGACCCGGUGGGCACCUUGGGGCAGGAGCUGCCACCACCACCCACCAUGGCCUCCUUCUUCACAGCCGCCCUGAAGAGCUUCCAGGGGGGCAAGGACGAGUCCCCCAAGGGGGCCCCCAAGGAUGACAAGGCAGCUGCGCUGCCCAGCAGCAUGGCCCGCGAGGAGUUUGAGGAGUACCAGCGGCAGCUGCUGGAGGAGAAGAUCGAGCGGGACAAGGCGUUUGCACAGAGGAAGGCAGAACGGGCCACGGUGCGGAUGCACCUGCGGGACAAGUACCACCUGGCCCAGGACGAGCGGGACGACGCCCAGGUGCACGUGGCCGGAGGGGCGGUGGAGCUGCCGCAGGACCUGGCAGCCAUGGUGCACAGCGAGGAGGAGGAGGAGGAUGGCAGCGCCGGGGCCUUCGCCUUCCUGGCGAGGCUGCGGCAGGUGGAGCUGCCGGCGCUGCGGGACCGCGCUCUGGGCGGCGCGGAGCAGGUCAGGGAGAAGUGCGCCCUGAUGUAGCACCGCUGCAGGUGACAAAGGCAGCCCCUGUCCCCGGGAGCCACGGGAUGCGGCGGCUCUGGGUGCCUUCACUUGGGGUGCGGGUCCCAAUACACGUUAGGCGUGGGUUUUCUUCCCCAAAACCAUUCCCAGAGUGUGCAGGGGUGCAGAAUGCCUGGGUCCCCUCCAGCCGCUAUGGUCAGGUCCCUGUCGUGGUGCUCCUGGUGUGAGCCCCCACAUGGGGCAGGUCCCUGACACCACUACCCUCCUCACCAGCCCUGGCACCCUGCACCAUUUGGCUGAAUAAAUACAGCA